AUGGAAGCCUGGCAAUACACCACCAUCACCAAAACCCUCGAGAACUCCCUAUCACUCAACAAAAUCACCACUCCACCAGACGCAUCGUCUCUCCCCAAAGAUCAUGUCCUCAUCGAAGUCAUCACAGCCGGCAUCAACCCCGUCGAGUACAAGCUCCCCGAGAUCCCUGUCUUCGGAAAGUUCAUGAUCCAGCCCGCGAGUAGUCCAGGUCUGGACUUCUGCGGUCGAAUCAAGGCCAAAAAUGGCGCCGACGACUUUGCCGAGGGCCAGCUCGUUUUCGGUGCUCUGAGCAUCGGGACCAAGCUGCCCAAGUUUGGCAGCCUGGGCCAGCUUAUGAUCGCUCCGUGCUCUCACAUCGCGCCUGUUCCUGAAGGUGUUGAUCCCGACGAUGCGGCUGCUUUGGGAACAGCCGGGUUGACGGCAUUCCAAUCACUCCCCAAAGAUCGCUUGCAACCUGGCUCGAAGGUAUUCAUCAACGGCGGUAGCGGCGGCGUUGGCUCCUUCACAAUUCAGUUCGCCAAGGCCGCUGGUGCGUAUGUCGUUGCGACAUGUUCCACGGCAAAUGUCGACCUUUGCAAGAGGCUUGGAGCGGAUGAGGUGAUUAAUUAUCGAACGGCAGAUGUCCUGAGCGACCUAAAGGCAAAGGGGCCCAUCUUUGACGUAGCAAUCGACAACGUCGGCAGCCCGGAGUGUCUGUACGAGAGCUGCGCACAUUUCCUCAAACCCGACGGCGUCUUCGUCCAGGUUGCCAUGCAGAAAUCCAUGGUCAGCAUGCUGCGCAGGAACAUGCUGCCGAGAUUUCUGGGCGGUGGGAAGAGACGGUUCCAGACGGUGAGAGUCAGCCCUAGUCGAGAGGAUCUGGAACAAAUUGGUCGAUGGACAGUCGAGGGAAAGGUGAAAGUGUUGAUUGAUGAGAAGUUUGAGUGGGCGGACGCGCCGAAAGCGUACGCGAAGCUCAGGCUGGGACGGACGACGGGGAAGAUAGUUGUUCAUGUAGGCCACGCCUAA